AUGGGCCGCACACUCUUUUUAGGCCUUGACCGGCAGUUUCAGUUGCUUUGCCCAUCUCAAAACAUUGUGGAAGCCCUGCGACCGCACCAGAAGAUUGUGUUCGCGUCGACCGGUUCUUGUUAUGGAGCUAUUGAUGGCAUUUGCACUGAAGAGACAAAUAUUUCUCCGCUCACACUCUAUGGCAAAACUAAAGCAAACGCCGAGACAAUUGUGCUGAAGAGCAAUGGAGUUGUCUUAAGAUUGGCGACACUGUUCGGUGUCUCGUCGCGGAUGCGUUUGGAUCUUUUGAUCAAUGAUUUGACUCAAAGCGCACUCAUCCACAAGAAGAUAGUGCUCUUUGUCGGUGUGAAAUUCGCGUGCAAAGAAGUGCACUCUCUGCGGCGGUUUCGUAAAGACAAAUCAGAAUUUUUGAUGCUGGCGGCGCUCAAUAUCGCAGACUUUAUACCCGAUUGUGUCAUACAAUUGUCGGACACCGGCGAAGACAAAGACAAACGCGAUUACGUGGUCUCCUAUGAGAAGAUUGCAAAACUUGGCUUCAAAUCAAACCUAUCGCUGAGAACAGGAAUACAAGAACUCAUUAAAAUAUUGCCUCAAAUCCAUCGUUGUAUUGAUCUUUUGCUGGAAGCGCUGAAAGUGAUGACACAAACCACCGACACUUCAGUCCAAUCGCCCAAAAGCCCCAAAUCUCCCGAAAGCGAGAAAACCAAACGAUAUGACAGACAAUUGCGUCUUUGGGGUGAUUGCGGACAAUUGGCUUUGGAGUCAUCGCACGUGUGUCUCAUAAACGCCACUUCUUUGGGCACUGAGAUCCUCAAGAGUCUGGUCCUUCCGGGCAUUCGUGCCGUCACUAUCAUCGACAACAAUGUGGUCACCGAAGAGGACAUCGGCAGCAACUUCUUCCUAUUGGCUGAAGACUCUGUGGGCAAAAGUAGGGCCAAAAUGGCGGCACAAUUGUUGUCUGAAUUGAACGACGAUCUGAAGAAAGCGGACCAUUUGGACGAGUCGUUUGAAUCGCUACUCGAAUCCAAUCCAAACUUCUUCGCAAACUUCUCAUUAGUGAUCGCAACGAAUGUCAAUAACGAUAAGUCGUUUAAUAGAUUGUGUCAAGUCUUGUGGCAAAACAAUGUGCCUCUCAUUGCCUGCAAUUCAAUCGGUUUUGUCGGUUAUAUUCGGCUUCAGAUCAAAGAGCAGACAAUCAUUGAAUCGCAUCCCGAGAAUCCAUUUGAAGACUUAAGACUUGACGAACCUUUCCAUCAAUUGAAACAAUACUUGGAUUCGUAUGAAAAGUUUGAAGACAUGUCUCGUAAAGAGUUAUCUCAGACACCGUUUUUAGUCAUU